UUUGUUUUCUUUUUUUUGAAUGUUUAUUUUUCUCGAAUUGUAAUUUUCUCAUUUUUGUCUAUUGUUCCUGAUUUAUUGAAGUUAAUUUUUUACUUUUAUCACAGUUGACAAGUCUCUUAUCAAAAUAGUCGAGAAUGUCUCUUGCAUCAAAUAGAUCACGUCGUCCAAAUGCUGGAUCAAAAAUGAAUGAAAUGGUCAACAGCAAUACAGAAACUGAUGAUUUUUAUAAGCAAACUUAUGGUGGUUUCAUUGAGGAAGAGGAGGAUAAUGAAUAUCAACCAGAAGAAUCUGAUGAUGAUGUUGUUGAUUCCGAUUUUGAUAUCGAUGAGAAUGACGAACCUGUUGAAGAAGAUGAAGAGCCUCAAACCAAAAGAACACGAAGAGUUGUUACUAAAUCUUACAAGGAACCACCUAAAGAGAAGGUACAAAUUAAGAAAGCUCCAUCAACUCCAAAGAAACAACCUGUUACUGUAAAGGAAUCUGAAAAGAUAGAAAAUUUAACUGGUGUCAAAUCUGUUCGAGCUUCAACUAAACUUAAAUCUGAAGAAACAGCGCUUAGAGUUAAAUUGGAUUCUGAGGCAAGGAAAAAAGCAGCAGCCAAGAAGAAAAAUUUCAAAAACCAUGCAAGUUGGCGUAAAUUGACACAAGAAGAGUUACUUAAAGAAGCAAAAUUAACUGAGCAAAUAAACUUGAAAAGCCUCGAAAAAUAUCGUAAAUUGGAACUGGAGAAAGCGCAAAAAAGUAAAGUGGUUAAAGAAGUUGACAGAGAAGACAGAAUUAUAUAUCGAUCAACAUCAAUGCCUUUAAUAGAAUCAACCGAAAAUGGAGAAGUAAAAGAAACUGACAAAAGGUUUUCUCGAAAUUUUAUUACCUUUACCGAUGAAGAAACUUUUUCUAAAUAUUUUAAGAAAAAUGUAAAACCUCCAGUUCCAGUUACAACUCCAGUUUGUCCAAUUUCUGGAUUGAAAGCUCGAUAUUACGAUCCUGUCAUUCAAAUGCCAUUCGCUUCCGGAUAUACUUUUAAAGCUCUCAGAGAAGCUUAUUGUCAACAAUUAGAGCUACUAGGAGAUCCUAAACAACCUGAUGUCGCUGAAUGGUUAGCAUGGAGAAAGAAAACCAACCUCAUUUGAUAAACUCAGCUCAACUUGUCCAACACCAACAACAACAGUUACAACAAUUGCAAAUGCAACUUCAACACCAACAACAGUUGAAACAACAACAACAAAAACUUUUGCAAGCACAACAAAUGACAUCAAUACCUCAAGCUCAGAUUUCAUCUCAGUCAACAACUAAUCCAACACUUCCAGUAAAACCAACCCAAGUAUUAACCCAAACACCAACCCAAACAGCACCAAGCUCAAUACCAACAUCAACAUCAACAUCAACAUCAACACCAACACCAACACCAACACCAACACCAACACCAAUACCAACACCAGUAUCAACUCAACAACUCAAAACUCAAUCUUUAUUACAAUCUAACACUGUCACUAUUAACCAACCAGAACAGCAACAAGUACAAUUGCAACACCAAACUUUACAAUCAAGUGACAAAACUUCAUGAGGUGUUCAUGAAAUUCAAACGUGUUUUGUGAAAAUUUAGAAACAUUGAGUUGAUUAUGACAAGUUUACAUAUCUUCAUCAUCUUCAUCAUCAUCAUCAACAACAACAACUAUUAUCAUCUAAAUCAACAUGAUCUUGACUUUGAAGACUAAUGAGCCAUAACAGUAACAACAUCAUUCAUUUAGCUGAGUCUAGUCAAUUCUUUGUUGAUAAUCAUGAUAACAGUUGAAAACAGAUGAGAAUGCAAGUUCAGCCAAAAAACGAUUAUUGUAUCAAUGAUAAUUAAUUUACUUUUCAACCUGGUUAAUUGUGGAUCCAGUGAAUAUACUGACAAAGACGGAAAAUGUUGAAUAGCUGCCAAAAUAAAAUGAUUGAAUUUUCAAUGGAACUAAAUUAAGAUUCUCUCACCCUGAUGUGAUGUUAAGUGGAUUGGAAACAAUGAGGACAAACCCUUGGCCUAAAUUAAUUGUGAAUAAUAAGAAAAUUCCCAAGAAAAUGAGCAAUUUUAAUGAGAAAAUCAAAGUGACAAUCAAAUCAUUUUCCAGCAAAAAUCAUAACAACUCAAAAUCAAUCCAAAGAAAAUGUUAGGAAUCUGUAACGAUAAUUAUUUCAUGGGGAAUCAAUUGGAAUUCAGGUUGACAAUUUUACAUUCAAGUCAAGGCUGAAAAUUGUCGUUUAAAUAUGGUAAUGAUCAAAUUAAAUUGUUAUAAUCAACAAACAUGAAUCAUAACCUGUUGGCCAUAAAACAAUAAAAAGUAAAUUUGAAACAAGGA